GAGGAGGACUCAGUCGUUUUGGGGAGUUUAAUGUGCGAUGACGCAGACUUUGACAUCGGGGAAUCUGCGGUCAUCGGUGCCAUCUUGACUCUGAUUAAACUCUACGCGAGAGAGCUUGCCCGGCAGGAGCUCCACUCCGCCCUGCGCGAGUCCUGUAGCCGCGGCGAUGUGUCCCGAGCGAAGGCCAUCCUGCGGGACCUCGGCGCCGAGGCUGAGAUCAUCAUCAACUCGGCGCCCAACGGAUCCAACACGCUGCUCUUCAAAGCAUGCGAGGAGGGGCAGCGCGAGAUGGUGCGACUGUUGCUUGACCACGGUGCAGACGGAAGGAUCCAUCCAGUCACCAAGUACUCGCCUUUGUACAUUGCGUGCUACUAUGGCCGCAGGGACAUCGCUGAAAUGCUGCUUAAGAAAUUUCCAACUUUAGUUAAUGUCUCAACUGUAGAGCGAUGGCUGCCCUUGCACGCUUGUAUCAUCAAUGGUCACACUUCCGUUCUGGAACUGUUGCUCAAGUUUCCGUAUCCAGAGGAAGCUUUGAGAAAGUAUUGGGACAAAACUGGGCAGUAUGAGUAUGAGAUGGCAUUUGACAUCAACAUGAAAGAUGUCACUGGACAAAGUGCUUUGUACUUAGCAUGUUAUGUGGGCAACCAAAAACUUGUGGACCUUCUUUUGAAGCACAGAAUACAAGCAACCAAAGUUAAGACCAAAGAAGAAAUCGAGAAGGAGAGACAGCAGAAAGAAAUGGACUCGAGCAGCAACGACUCCAAGUCCAGCAGCAGAGAGAACACUAAGACGAGCAUUGACUCCACCUCGGACUUAGCGGAGAAGAGUGAUGACGUUGCCAGCCCCACCAAGCACCGCAUUUCGGGAGGGAUUCAGGCCCUGAUGUCAAAGCUGAAUCUCGUGAAAACGGAUGCCAAUCAAAAGGAUAACAUGAUCUCGCCUCUUGAUAUUGAUAUGUACUGUAAUAGCAACACAGAGACGGCUCUUCACAUAGCUGUGAAAAACAAGCAUCACAGUAUUGUGUCAAUGCUGUUAGCAGCUGGAGCCAACCCCAACCUGCGAGUGUAUCUGCCAGAUGACGAGAUGGCCAGAUUAGCCGAGGACGAAUAUAUAUUCACAGGCUCCACAGCGCUGGUCGAGGCUUGCCGGAACAGGGACUUGGGCAUGCUGGACCUCCUUCUAAAAAGCCAUGCCAGGGACGACGAGUGCAAGGCCCUCUUCAUUGCAGCGCACGCCAAAGAUGAAAUCAUAGUGUCCAAGCUUCUGGCGCUCAAGGCACACCCAGACCCAGAGUUCAAGGUGAACAAAAGAGCUCUAGAAAUUAAACCGAGCCAACAAUUCAGUUCCUUGAGUGUCAGCAAUGCCGGGGGUGUUUAUUCUUCAUUGGCCCCCUCCACGCCAGUCAUGAUUAACUGGCACGGGCAGAGAUGUCUGUCAUAUCUGAAGGACCAAUGGCUAGUUGAUGCCUCGGUAAACCUGAACCCAAAGCUGAGGUUGAGUCCACGCAACCAAGUGAUCGCCCUGUAUGCCAUCACGCGCUUGGACAUCUCAAACAACGCUCUCACAGAGUUGCCUGACAUGAUCUUCCAACUUCCUAGUCUGAAGACUUUGAAUGCAGCCCAGAACAAGAUUGAGAAACUCCCCCCAAACAUAGGACAUUUUAUCGAUGGCACCGUGACUCUCCCGCGGAAAGGUUCCAAAAAAGAGCUUGUGAUUGGUCCUUUGUCUGUAUUAGAGGAGGUCCAUUUACAGGACAACAGAUUAGACUCCUUACCAGAUGGAAUCUUUACACUCCCUGCACUCCAGCUUCUUGACGUAUCCAACAACAAGCUGUCCUCCUUACCUUACAAGAUCUGGACGGCCCCUAAGCUGAGAGAGCUCAACGCGUCCCUCAACCUCCUACACGACCUCCCCGUUCGACCUGAGGGGCAAGGUCAUGACUCUGGCAUGAGUUCUGAUGCUGUAAGUGAGGUGAGUGACGAGGACAGCCUCUCAUCAGCCAGUGAACUACAGCUGAGUCUCAUGGACGAUUCAACAGAUGAGUCUCCAGCACGGAGGAAGACACCAGACCACAGAGGGGUUCUCUCCCUGGGCAAGCAUGGCAAUGUCAUCACCUGCUGCCGACGUCGAGACCUGAAGCACCACAGCCUCUGGUCCAAUACAGUGGAGAUCCAGGAGUCUCUUGUCGGUGUCAGAGAGACAGAAGAGGAGACCAUGUCCAACCUCCAGUCUCUCAACCUAUCUCACAACUCUUUUACGUCCGUUCCCAGUGGCCUGGCCUGCCUGGCUCUUUCUCUCAACCGUCUCAACCUUAGUUAUAACAGAUUAAGUGAGAUGGGCGCAGCCACUUGCUAUCCUGUCGGGUUAAAGCAGUUGGAUCUCUCUCACAACCGUAUCCGAGCCUGGCCUACAGUUUCUCGUAGUGAGUCGCUGGAAAGCCUCGAGUCAACCUUGCCAUCAUGUUACGCCCUUGCUGAAGUAUCCAGGAGUGCUAAAUUUGCAUGCCAAGUACAAACUAGUAAACUCCACCCCUUCUCCUUCCUCCCGCCUCACAAUUACAUAGGUGAAAAGGAAGAAGAUUUCUUUUGCUUAUGUUUAGCCAGUCCCGUCCGAAGCAGUGCACCAAGGAAGUCCUGGUUGCUGUUUCCUAACCUGUCAAUGUUGGAUGUCAGUAACAACCUCCUCAGAGAGUUGCCAACAACACUACAUGAGCUUACAAACUUGUCUGUUCUCAACAUAUCAGGCAACACUGACAUUACAGAGCUGCCCCCGGAGAUGGGACUCCUCUCUAGGCUGUGGAACCUCAACACACGUGCAUGCUCUCUGCAGGAGCCCUUGAAGUCCAUGAUUGAUAGCAAGAAAUACAAGACCAUGGAUGUGAUUGGAUAUUUGAAGAGUAUACUUGAGGAUGCAAGACCAUAUGCCCGUAUGAAGUUGAUGAUUGUAGGCGUGCAAGGCAUUGGCAAGACGUCCCUCCUGGAACAGCUCAGGCAGGAGGGCACUGGGUCGUACAGGAAGAAGCCAGUUGAGCACUGGGCAAAGCGAAUGGGAAACAAGAACAUCAAUACCCGCACCUCCAGAGGGACAAGCAUGUCGACUGUUGGUGUUGAUAUUGGUGACUGGAUAUUUGAGAAGAAAGUCCGUGGUCAUAGUAACUAUGGCCCGGUGGUGUUCAGGACAUGGGACUUUGGUGGGCAGAAAGAAUACUACGCCACCCACCAGUACUUCCUCUCGAAGCGGUCCCUCUACCUGGUUGUAUGGAAGAUCAGUGAUGGCGAGCGCGGGGUGGCUGAGAUCCUGCAGUGGCUGGUCAAUAUUCAGGCACGAGCUCCAAAUUCUCCUGUGCUUAUUGUGGGGACACACUAUGAUUUAGUGAAAGAAAAGUUCCCGCCAUCGUGGAGCGAGGACCUCCAGCAAAUGAUUAGGGACAGAUUCAUCAAUGUCAUUGAUGCAGAUAAGCUUGGGCUCCCUCGAGUGUUGGACACCAUUGAGGUGAGCUGCAAGACACGACACAACAUCAAGCUACUCUGCAACUUGAUAUAUGAUACAGUGUUCUCCCUGAAAACUCCAGGUGUCAUGUUGCAUUACGAAGACGCAACACUGAAAGAUCUGUACUUCCUGGAUCCGCAAUGGCUGUGUGACAUGCUUGCCCACGUCGUAACCAUCAGAGAAAUUAAUCCUUUUGCUCGGAACGGCAUAAUGAAGUUAGAUGACCUGAAACACGUAUUCAAAUCCUCCACCUGCGCCCCCAUGGAUGCCAAGUCCUACAUCGUGAACCUCCUGAACAAGUUUGAGGUUGCGCUCACCUGGGACAACAGGACGCUGCUCAUCCCUUCCCUGUUGCCUUCGGAGGAGCAGCUGCGCAGUGGGCUUCCGGGCAUGGAUGUUAGGGUAAAGAUUCCAGUGCGAUCAAGAGGCUGGGCCGUUCGCAGCAAAAAGUUCUCCAGCUCAACAGGCUCCACCAUUGUCGGGAAUUCUGCAUUCUACAUGACAAAUGCCGAUGUGCGAAAGCCAGCCAGGCCUCUCUCAUACCACGGCCUCACCACAGAAGCGAUAGGGAGCCCCAAGAAGGAGUCGGAGGAGGUGGGCCUAACCCCCUCAGCAGACCCCCCAGCAGUGCAAGUGACACACCGCUCAGCCCCCCACGCGGCCAUCCGGAGGCUGCUGCUCAUGUCCUACUUUCCGUCAGGCUUCUGGUCCCGACUCAUCACCCGGAUUUUGGCAGACGAUGCUGUCGUCGACAUUAUUAGGAAUUACUUUGUCAUGCCCAGAGAGUCAUAUAUUGCUUCCCUUUCUCCUUCGUACCCAACCCUAGGCACGAGGUUUGUGCAUACGAGCGAGGGCAAGUUCUUGGUGACGCGCUUGGUUCCAUGCCCUGUUUGCCUGGAAUGCCACGGGCAGCAUGAGGGCCCUGGAAACCACCCACAGGCACGGCACCUGCCUGAUAACUGGGGUUCGUUUGUGGAGAUGAACCCUCUCUACUGCUCCAUGACAGCCUCACAGAUAUCACAGGACCUCAAUGCCUCCCACGCCUCACUGGAGCGCUCUCUUCUCACUAAUAGUUUAAUGGGAAGUCUGGCUCCGUCCCAACAGGGUCAUCCACUUGUAGGUGUCCCAUCCCCGCAGCCAGGUGGAAGAUCCUCCACAUCCUCCACAGCUGCAGGUGGAGGAGGAGGAACCGUGGGAGGGGGAGUGUCACCAGGCGGAGCGGCUAUCGGGGGGAACAUGUCGCCACAGCUUCCCAGACGCAGCUGGGGGUCUCGGGAGUCAUACACUUCCGACGGGGAUAGUGGCGUUGGAGCUGAAUCUACUACCUCAAGAUAUUUUGUCAUGAACUGCAAGUGUCGUAGUCAGCAUUUAUAUAUUUUUAAUUGUCGCAAGCCAUCAGCCGAAGGGAGACCAGACCUCGACAACAGCGGAAACAACGAAGGAGAGACAUCAGGCGGCCAAGAGGUGACACCAGUCGUCUAUUCCUUCAUGGUGGAGGAAUGCAUUCUAGCUGCUUACACUGCUCGCUCUGUGCCGUGUCCUCUCCAUGCGGAUCUCCUUUUGGCUCAGAUUGCGCCCGACACAGUUUUCCUAGACUUAGGUGACAGGUACCUUGUUCGUCCAGAGCUGAUCAAGCAGGGCAAACUGCUGGGCCGCGGAGGCUUUGGCUUCGUCUUCCAAGGGGCGUGUCGCAACAGAGCCAGUGGGGCUCCCAUGGAUGUAGCCCUCAAGAUGCUGCAGCCUGUUGACCCUGGAACCAGUGCCAGACAGAGUGCCAUUGUUGCUUAUAAGGCUGCUCAGAGCAAGUGGGAACGAGACCCCCUGCAGUACGCAUGCAAGGCUUAUUGCUCAGCAAGACAAGAGGUGAACAUUCUCCUCUCUCUGCGCCAUCCUCACAUUGUUCCCUUGGUGGGCGUAUGUCCACGACCCCUCGCCCUUGUCCUAGAGUUGGCACCCCAAGGAGCUCUCGACCAGUGUCUUAAGCAUUACCAGAGAUCAGGAGCCAGACUUUCCCUCCAUACAUUGCAAGCUGUUGUGUUGCAGGUUGCCAAAGCCCUGGAGUACCUGCACGGCCAACACAUCAUCUAUCGAGAUCUCAAGAGCGAAAACGUUCUCGUGUGGGAGCUUCCUCCCCCCUUCCACCACCAGCCGCAGCCUAAAGUAGAUGUCCGACUUGCUGACUAUGGUAUUAGCAGAUCGAGUCUGCCCACCGGAACGAAGGGCUUUGGAGGCACGGAAGGAUUCAUGGCCCCAGAGAUGAUGAGACACAACGGAGAGGAAGAAUACACGGAAAAGGUGGACUGCUUCUCUUUCGGCAUGUUCAUGUAUGAGCUGCUGACAACCCACCAACCAUAUGAGCACUGUGAUAAUGUGAAGGAGCAUGUGCUGGAGGGAGGGCGGCCAGCUCUUACGCACAGGGAGACAGAAUACCCCGUAUACGUGCUUGACCUGAUGGUGAUGUGCUGGUCGCAGCAGCCGAGGCUACGACCCUCUGCGUCCCAGAUUGUGUCCAUCGCCUCGGCACCAGAGUUCACCCACCUCCUGGACGUGGCCUCACUCGAUCACUCCCUUAAUAUCAUGGAUGCGAUAAGGGUACCGCCCGUGUUGGUAAAGGAUGAAGACGGGGAAUUAGUUGUGCGUGACCAAGGCAGCAUCUGGGUGAGCCGUACUUCACCGCAACUGGACAUGGUGGGCGCAGGUGAGUGGGGCUGGGGCGCCUACACCAGCAUAGAGGGGCUUCCCGACACCAUCACCGCGAUGUGCUGUGUUGGGGAUUACGUGUGGCUUGGAGACAGCGCGGGAAAUAUCCAUGGCUAUAGCACCCGUGACUAUGGAAGAGUCUUCAGCUAUUGCCUCGAGCCCGAUGCACCCCAGUCGUCUCCUGUUCGCUCACUCUGCAGCUUGCAUGCACUAGGAAGAGUUGCAGUUGCUCUUUGCAAUGGCCGUCUUUUCCUGUGCAGUUCAGACGUUACGCCAACAUCUCCUGUGCUUGGUGAAGGAAGCUUUGUUAUGACUGAGUUAGCUGGAUCCACACAGGAGAUUCACUGCUUGGCAGUGGCCCAGACUCCUACUACAUGGUCUUUAUGGUGUGGAGGCAGCGAGGGGACGAUGAGCAUCUUUUCCCUGCGCGAUGAUGGCUUGGUGGUGAGCCAGGACUCUGUCUCUCACUUCACCACCUCCACACCUCCUCCCUCAGGAGAUGCCUGUGAUGUCUUGAUCCUCCAUGCGCCACAGACAAUCUCAGCCGUUUCUAGACACCUAAGGAAUUCUAUUUGGUCUUAUGUUUAUCCAGGCUGUGUUGUAUAUCACUGGGAUGUAAAAGAGAAGAAAUUAGUUAACAGAUUGGACUGUUCCAAGUUAGUUCCUUGUUCUGAAAGUCUGCAGUCCAUUAGCAUUGAAGAGCACCUAUCCCCUUCACAGUGUCAGGUCUCAGCUGUAGCGGUGUGUGGAGGUGAGGUGUACGUGGGGACGACCUGGGGCUGCGUGGUGGUGGCUGAGGCAGAAUCCAUGCGGCCCAUCACGGUCUUCCGGCCCUACGAAGAUGAGGUGCGAGCCAUUGUCCCGCUGCCACCCACGUCAGUCAUUGUCGAGCCAGAGCUGGGAUCGGGAGACGUGUCAGACAGCAGCGAAGGGGACGUUGAGAGGCUAAUGAACCCGGUGCCACUGCUGGCAACCAUUGGGAAGGGCUACCGCAAUCUGCUGGGCCGCUACGCACCCAUUCCCAGAUCAGCACAACCCGAGCCGGGUGCCCAGAGAGCCAUGUACUGCUUGCUAUGGCGAGCACACCACUGGCUCAACACAUGAGUCUUCUCGUCAGAGUGAUAUAGGAUUUUGUUGAUAUUGUAUUUGUUGAUAACUAAAAAAGCUAGUUUCUAAAAAAGUUCUUUCUUUUUUUGUACACAAUAAGGGAAAAAAGAAAAAAAAAAGUGAAAUUGGUCACAAAUUAGAUAAUUAAGUGAGUCAGAGAUUUUUUAGGUUGUAUCUAAAAAGGAUUCUUACUCAGGAUAUUUCUUAACAUGAAUCAGUUACAAAAGAAAAACGAUACAAUUGAAGAAAAUACUUGAUAAAUGAUUUCCAGUGGAGAAGAAAUGACGAAUUGCUUCAUGAAAACAAAAUUGUUUCAUCCUCACCGUCAGAUAAGACUACAGCAAAGACUAUAGAAAAAUAUUACUCAGCUAAACUUCAUUCAAGAUUUCAGAUGUAUGAAUGGAAAUUGAAUGGGAAUAUUGUAAAGCUUUCAGGUUUUGUGUAUCAAGCUUCCAUUAUUUCCAUUCAUCACAAGCAGAGGAACUAUUCAUUUACAGUGAUAAAGAACAUCCAAAGUGGCUUCUGAGUUGAAGUAUGUUUAGGCCUUGAAUACUUUCUUUUGCGUAUUGAAGUGUGACCUCGGAAGAAGAAAACUUUUCCUGUGUGACAUGUGUAUACAAGAUAAGUCCUUAUGUUUUAAAAUCAUACACAAAAAUUGCCUUAAUCGAUAUCUGUCCGUGAUGCGGAUGGCAGCUUUUAGAAUUUUUUUUUGAUAGGUUACCAGGUUGAUACUUCUUGCUGUUAAGGUUUUUAUGUAUAUUUAUAUACAGUAAUUGCCAAGCAAGACAUGUUAGUACUUCCACUUUAUUUUGAGGCUUUGUUUUAUAACAGAUAGAAUCAGUAAACAAGACACUGUUAUAUACUACUGUUUUACCUGCAGAGAAAACGAAAAAAUGUCGACUGAAAUGAAUAGUUGAUAUUUUUACCAAAGAAACUAUUCCAGGAUUACUUGUACUAUAUAUAAUGGCAAUUCUAUUUAAUCAGCUGUGAUUUAAUGUGUAUUCCUAUGUAAACUAUGAUGUAGCACAAGUGUAUGACUACUUAUAAACUCACUGCGCUUUGUCAGUAUCGGCAGACUGACCAACUCAGAUUUCUUGUUCUCUAGUCAAUAACUGUUUUAUUGUGAUAAUGUUUCUUACAGGCAACCAUGGUUAUUUUUAGUGCAGGGUUUUUUGUAAAAUUGACAUCAUACCAGCAACACAUUCUCAAUACUUGAACCCAUUUUUCAUUUCCCUUUGGAGCGUGUGAUGUAUAAUCGUUCUUCUUCUUUUUUUUUUUUUUUCCUUUUUUUUUCUGAGAUGAAAAUAAAAGACUUUGAAAUUCUAGUAGGGUAUGCUACUAUUUUUGUUUGUUGAUGGAUGUUCUUCAGACUACUGAUGUUGUCCAUUGAAGUGAUCAGUGGGCUGAAGUGCAUUUUCAGUACCAGAAUAAUAAAUAUAUUGAAGAAA